GUUAAGGUAAUUUCAUUCGCCACACACAAGCUUCUCCUGUUGUCACCUUUGUUGUCAACAAGAGCAGCCAUGGCAGUUGCCUGGUGAUUGUUGGCGCUCAGAGAAGGGGAAAGAGAUACGAUGAUAUAGACGAGACAGCCAUUCCAGCCCAAACCAAAACCCUCCCUCGCUGUCCUCAUCAUCUCCGCAAGCCUCCACCUUUUGCGUCUUCACUGCGUUCGGUAAAGCCCUAGGAUCUUCAAUCGCCCAUCGUCAAUCUCCACUCCUUUUUGUCCCUGGAACCCUAGAUCACCACCUCUUAUUGCCCUAGAUCAUCGAAAAUGUGGACACUGUAAGAAGAGAGUCUUAAUCAAAUAAAUUUUAAUUCUUAAUUGAUUGUACAUAGUUUGGGUUUUUGAGUUCGUUCAACGACCAAGAUGGCAACUAAGCAGGUUGUUAUGCGAGCCAACUACAAGAUUUCCGUCAAGGAUCCUGGAACUCCUGGUGUGUUAAAAUUGUCCGAGAAGAAAUUUGUGUUCGUGCCUAAUGAUCCGACAUCGUCCUCAAAACUCAAUGUAGAAUUCAGAUUAAUUAAAGGUCACAAAUUUACCAAGGAGGGAUCGCAUAGACAAGCACUGCUUAAUCUUACCCAGGAUCCUGAAACCAAGGGAGGAAAUUACAUUUUUGAGUUUCGAACUUUUUCUGAUCGUGAUGUCUGCCGAGAAUUUGUGGCCAGAGUGCUUGCAUUGCUGGGAGACGCCAACAAUGCAGUUUCGGAAAAACCUGCUUUUGCACUCCAAGAUGAGCAACUUAGCACUGCAGAAAUGGAACGUCGGAUUAAGCUACUACGAGUGGAUAACGAACUGCAGAAACUUCACAAGCAAUUUGUACUCAGUGGUGUCUUGACAGAAGCAGAAUUUUGGGCCACAAGAAAGAAGCUACUGGAUGGGGACACCAGCAGAACACCAAAACAGCGGGUGGGGUUCAAAAGCGCCAUGAUCUCAGACGUGAAGCCAUCGACUGAUGGCCGGACAAACAGAGUUACGUUUAAUUUAACACCAGAGAUUAUUCAUCAGAUUUUUUCUGAGAAACCUGCAGUUCACCAGGCAUUCUUGGAUUUUGUUCCUAACAAGAUGACAGAAAAGGAUUUUUGGGAAAAAUAUUUUAGAGCAGAAUAUCUCCAUAGUACAAAAAACCCUGUUGCUGCCGCUGCAGAGGCUGCUGAAGAUGAGGAACUUGCGGUUUUCUUGAAACGUGAUGAUAUAUUGGCAAGUGAAGCCCGACGGAAGAUUAGACGGGUUGAUCCAACCUUAGACAUAGAAGCAGAUCAAGGGGACGAUUACAUGCAUCUUCCGGAUCAUGGUAUAAUUAGCAAGGAAAUUAUCGAGUCCGAGUAUGAUCAAUACAAAAGAACUCUUUCUCAAGACCUUAACCGGCACUCAGCAGUUGUACUUGAAGGAAGAGCUUUAGAUGUUGAGUUGAGAGACACGAGGACUGUAGCAGAGGCAUUGGCAAGGUCAAAGCAGGUUGAGUUAGCUAAUGAAGCAUCUGAUGGGAGCAAUAGCCAGGAGCGGCAGGAAAAGACUUAUCGAAUGGCCAAAAUCGAUGAUCUUCAAGCACCUCGUGAACUUCCAUUUGCGCCGCUGUUUAUCAAGGAUCCUCGAGACUACUUCGAUUCUCAACAAGUUAAUGCACUGAAAACUUUGGGGGAUACUUUAGCUGGAAAAAAACAAAUGAAAUGCAGCUUGAGCAGCCAGGAUGCAUAUGGUUCUUUAAGGAAUUCCAUUUCUGAGGUCAAAUCUAUAGGGUUAACCGAUCCCAUUGUUAAACCUGAAGUUGCUUUUAAGGUUCUAAAUGGAUUGACGCAAAAUAUUUCAAGCACCAAGUAUCAUCUAGGGAAGAAUCCUGGGGAGAGUGUUCUGGAUAGAUUGCCAAACACAACUAAAGAGGAAUUGCUACAUCAUUGGACGUCCAUUCAGGAAUUGCUGAGGCAUUUCUGGUCAUCCUACCCAAUUACAACUGCAUAUCUUUAUAAUAAGGCAAGUAGAUUGAAGGAUGCCAUGUCACAAAUCUACCCAAAACUACAGGAUCCAUAUUCCAAGAAGCUAAUUGGGACAAGCCGUAAGAAGGGGGGAUUGUAUGUGUUAGAAGAGCUUCGGGUUAAAGAAUUUGCUGGUUCUAGAGGUAAAGGAAUCAGUGCAGUCAGAUUUCCGGCAUCAAGUUUCUCUUCUUGUCCAACCAAUGCUUCAGGCUCUUGAUGCUGCUUUUGCACAUUAUGAUGCUGAUUUACAGAAGAGGUCUGCGAAGAGCACGGAGAGACCAAAUGGAUUUACUUAAGGAGCUCAUAGCUCAUCGCUUUGCAGUGCCAUGCUGUAUCAUUGUUCACUAGUUUCUGUAGCAAAUAUAUAUUAAUUUGUAUAUUAAAAACAAUUUUGGCCACGAGCUUGUGCUAGAAAAAUGAGGUUUGGUUCAUAUCAAGUGGAAAAAACGUACUUGAUCAUAAAUUACACACGUUUGAGUAAUUGUAGUACAGCUUUUCUCAAAUAUAAUUGCCCCUGCACGUUCUUAUCUGAU